AUGGCGUCCUUGGUGUGGAUUGAGGAGAACUGUCAGCCAUCGUCUUCCCACCCAUCUCUACCCUUGGAUUUCUCUGCUGGUCCCGCCCCCCACCGGGACAAGGGGCGGAUUCUCGCCUGCAAGGCUAAAGGCCACCCAGCAGCGCCCACCUCACCGCCCAGGGGCAACUCCGCUUUCCCAGGCGCCCCGCCACCCCACCGCCUGCCCCCAGCGCCCGCCAGCCCCCGGUCGCAACCGAGUCCGCUCCAGAUCCUCGCCAUGUUUCCUCUGCAUCCCUGGGGUUUCCUCCCCUCGGCCGAGCCCGAGCAGAGCAGCGGCCGCGCGACUGAGCAGACCCGGCCUUCGCAUCGGAACUCCGAGUCGGGACCGGACGGCGGCGGCCGGGUCCCCGCGCGUCAUCGGAAUUUGACCCUCGGAGCUCCGAGAGGCGAGCCCUUUGAACGGAGAGCCCUGGCAGGGGCGAAGGCGGGGCGGGGGCCCCCUAAUGGCCUCGGUCCGCUGAUAGCCCUGGGGUCGGUGCACGUGAUCGACGCCGGGGAGACGGCGCUGGUGGAGGGGCUGCGCGCGGCGCCCUGGGAGUGCGGCAAGGGCGUGGCUGGGAUGCUGCGGCGCUUCUGCUCGCAGCUGGUCAAGCGAAGGCACCCGGGGACCAAGGUGGCACGACUCACCCGGGACGACCAGCUGGGGUCCCGGGAGCUGAAGAAAUACCACCUAAUCACCAAGCAGGGCAUCCUUUUGGUCCAGUUCAACGUGUCGGCCCUGCUGGAGGGGCUGGGCGCGCGGCUGGCGGCUCUGCGGGCCUCCGGCACCUUCUCGCCGCUGCCCACGGAGGCAGUGUCGGAGGCUGGCGGCGACGUGGCACGCCUCCUGCUGUCGCCCUCUGUGCAGCGCGACGUGCUUCCGGGCGGGACCAUCAUCCAGGACUGGCAGCCCUACCGGCCGAGCGAGAGUAACUUGAGCCUGCUGGCGGCCAAGGGCCUGGAGUGGCGCGUGGACAGCCGCGCGCGCCCGCGCGUGCUCGCGCUGUGCACGCGCCCCUUCCCCAUCCCACCUGGCGGCAACGGCACGUGGCGCUACCUCAACAUCUACGCCUUCGGCAGCGACGGCGCGCAGGUUCAGAGCCAGCUUCUGUGGCGUCUACAGCGCCAGGCCCCGCGUCUCGUCGGCCUCAGCGUCAUGUGCCAGCUCUUCCUGGCGCCCCAGCUGUGGUACAUCUGGUUGAUUUCUGCCAGGCUGGCUGAUUUCUGCCAGGCUGGCUUGGGGCUCGAGCUGGUCAAGGGUUAUACCGAACAAUACCUGCUGGAGGCCGACAUCUAA